GGCGCUGACCAUGCCGGGCGUAGCAGCCGGUCAUCUGGGCGGUUCCGUCAGUGCGGCGGCCGCUGCGGGCGCAGCCGCGGCGGCGGCCGGCGCGGGGAAUCCGUUCGGUGCGAGUUCCGCGAAUCCCUACGCAACCCCGGCCGGCAUGGCGGCCCUGAAUCGCGCGGCGGCAGCCGGGCAGCUGUGCGCAGCCGCGGCGGCGGGACAAACCCCGUUGGGUUCUUCCCCCUACAAUGCCUUCGCAGCGGCCGCUGCGGCCGCGGCACGGACUCCGCAUCCGAGCACCACUCCCGCGAACGCGUUUGCGUCGAUUUUGUCUCAACAACCUCCUGCUGGUUCAGCCGCCUCCGCCCAAUCCAGUGCCAACCCCUACGCUUCCUUCAGUGCCGCCUCUCCGCUGUCCGCAACCAAUCCCUACGGCCAGCAUGCAUCCGCUUUGGCGGGUUUUCAACCGCCUGGCGCGGCAGGAGCAGGCGCCGCCGCGUCCUUCUCCGGGCUGGCCGGUGCCGCCACGGACCCGUUGACCGGUGUGCCGCUGUUUACUGGGGCAACCGAUCCACUGACCGGAGUGCCAACGGGGACUGAACACGACUACACCGCCAAUCCGUGGGCCGCUGCCGCGGGUAUUCCGGGCUUCGAUGCAACGGGCGCUGCAGGGGCGGACCAGUGGGCGCACCUGGACAUGAGUAUGUGGAAUCCGGUACUAUGUCUUGUCUUAAUCAUAUCACUUCGUUCAUGAUCGCACCGCUUCUUUCCAGAAAGUUGUUUAGCGUGGAUAAAUCCAUUCGGGUUCUUCGCAUAUGUCCAUAAUGACAAUCCGAAACCUACGAGGAAAACAAGACGACGAACUCUACACCACAGACCGCCGGCUUCGACCUGCUAUUCAAUCCGUUUUUGAAUCCAGUCUCUACUACGGAACACUAUGGCUUUUCGUCAACGAGCGACGGGACUCAAAACAUUGACUUCGCAUCGCUGGAUGCCACUGCUGCGGCAGCUGUCGGCUUAAGUACUCCUUUAGGGAAGAUUUUCAUUUUGUGUAAACUUACUUAUUUUGAAUUUGAUGAGGUGAGUUCUUUUCGAGGAAGACGAAAGCGAAGCGUCAUUUGUUGGUGCAGGGUUCAGGAAAGAAAAAGCGACGAUGGAUUAUGCCGGGAGUCGAAAGGAAUUCAAAAACAAAAUCAUCUCAGCCGACGCCGCUAGCGGCCUCCCGGACGUUGCUGGCACAGCUGGUCAAGAUUCUCGAUUUGGGGCGAAAACAGCGGCAGGAAAUCAAGCGUUUGCAUUCAAUAAGGUACAGCUUCUACCUGCAGCUACGAGGCUGGAACAAGUGGGAUGCUGUUGAGAAUGAGGAUCAUGAUUUAUUUCUUCGUAUGGCAUCAAAGAAGCCAAAAAUUCGGUAGUUGAUGCAGUAGAAAAUCGGCACGACUUGUUCUUCAAUUGAUCCAGGUGGCUUCUGGGCUCUUCAAUCCGACGUCCAAGCUAGAGAAUUCGUGCGACAAGAAAACGACGCUGACGGGCUCUCCCGUAUCAAAUGUAAAAAUGUCUGGGUCUGGAAGAUUCCAAACUUGUAAUGCGCAUUUUAGAACACAGAAAAAUCUCUCAUGCAUAGGUAGCAAAAGCUGCCCACUUUCUGUCACCAAAGUGGGGGAUUUCUCAUGCGGGUGCGGCAUUGCGGAAGCUUCUCGAAACCUGUGAUGCUAGAGCUUCCAUGCCAGACCUUCUGUGUCAUGCAAAAACCGCAUGACUCUUCCAGACCCAGACAUUUUUGCAUUUGAUAUCCCGAUACGGUGAACAACUGCAGUCUGUUGUCCAGUCCCGACCGGAGCGGAUCGCCGGAGAGUAGCGUGUACGGGGCGGGGUCCAGCAUCGACGGCAACGGCAUCGCGCCCACGCCGCCCCACGGCAGCGGUGUGGGAAUGUUAAACCAGCCCGCCGGCGCGGGUAGUUCUACUUUGGCGACCGGGCGGAACCAGUCCGCUGCUACAACUGCGCUCAGUGCGGCGGGGGCUACUGGCACGCCCAAUAUGGCUUCCAUCGGAGCAGGUAGUUCUUCCACUACAGCGACGUCGAGUCAUGAUCCAGCUGUAGCCGCUACUUCGGUAACCAGCAGGGUGUCGAGUGCAACAACGUCGCACUCCGGCACCACUGCUGCUACUGCAGGAUCAAGUACUAGUGCAAAUCCCACCACCCCAGCGAAGGUGAUACCACCCGCCCCGGCGCAGCAACAGCUCUCGUCGGGACUUCUGCACAACGUGACUUCUGCGCCCGUGACUGGGAAUAAUGCCAUGCAAACCCCAGGGGGAAGUGUCGGAAUGGUCGGCACUUCUUCCGCUCUGGACCUAGCCAGGCAACCGAGCCUGACGAUGCAGGACCCGGGUGUGCCAGUGUGGUCCGCGUCGGCAGGCUCGUUUCCAGUACUGCUUGGUACCACGCCAGGGUUGCUUGGUGCCGCGCCGCAGCUCGCUUUUCCGGACGGUUCGGUGGGACCCUACGAUCAUGUCUAUGGAACGUAUGGUGCAGGGUCGCUGGGUGGAGCGUGAUACGGUAUUUAGGUGCAGGGUGCCAAGUACUUUGUUUCCUCCAAAGUAAGAUGGGCUGAAGAUGAAUCGUAUCAAACCUCUAAGUACCGAGGAGAAGAAGUGGAGCUUUCUAGGUUCUGAUGACAUGCUUGAGCAUGUUGCUUUGAUGUGUAACCGUAAGUCUAUGCAGCAUCGAGGUUCUUUACCAAAAAAAACAACAGGACACGGCGCGGCGAGCUCGAACGCAAAUUGAGACCACACUUGAGAAUACAGGACCUGCAGCCCGGCAUGCUUUACUGUGGUGCAACAAUGAACGGAGUGACGAAAUGCCAGCAAGAGCUUCUGUAGUUUCUCACAUCUGCUACUUUCUUGACUUGUAGCCGUAGCGGUUUAGUGUAAUGAAAUGGAAGCGCUAAAGACAAGAACGAAGGUCGGGACGCUGUUCUUCACGCCAUCGAAAUAUUUUAUGAUUUUUGUACACUACAGUUGCUACAGAGCUCACUCACCGCUAGUACACUCACGUUCCACGAUCGACUUCGAAAAUUUUGUCUUCCACCUUGUGUUUAUUUUACGGUGCCCCGACAUCAAAAUUGCCCUAGCUAGUACUUUUCAAGUAAUGUUGUAUUGUUUUAGAUGAGAUUUCCGAAUCUUUCUUCAAGAAAAAAAUUGUUUAGUGUUAUUGGACAAGGCUACGAAAAAAUAAGAAACGUAGAAGUAAAACGAUUAGCAUACGUUCCACAAAGUGCGGAGCCUUGCGUAGGAAUCAGUGAGAAAGUUCCUAUUCUCGGACUCUGAAGGAUAAGUGCAGCAUCUUUACAGACGGGAAUGGGAGGGAAAAAAGACAACUUCAGCUUCGCAGUAAGUACAAUGAAAACGACACUACACAACAGCAAAUAGCUACGUGCUUUGUGGAAGAUGGAUUCACGACGAGCAAUUGAAUAUUUUGUAGAACUUCGCAGAUAUUUUCUAUUGCAAGUUCCGAUCGAUGCCUGAAGCAAUUUUUCUGUUUCAUGCAAAUAACGCUACGUAUUGCAAACCUUUUCAUUUUCUUUUUCAACAGGUUUUGUGGUUCUGAUACAUUUUUCGAAAUAAAACUUUUCAAUCUGUUUUUCCCAUACAAAAUCCAAACCGCGUCUCUGGCCACGCCAAAUUUUCCGCCGACUAU